UCUGUGAGUGGGGGGACGGGGAUGAAACCACCCCUGCGGCUUCACUCGUUUCUUGCUUAGUAGCCCGCCAGUGUUCGACGAGAGCCAACCCUUGCACGACCCUCCGUUUCAUAACCGCGACGUGCAGCAUUACAUGUAGACCACAAAUGUUCAACUACCCUGGUUCGACAUGUCGAUUAAUUAUAUUCCUGUUCGUCCUGAUAUUCGACAUUCUGACCAAUGCUCUGACGGAGGGACCCAAAUUUGCAGAACCAAUACCGAACAUUACCGUAGCCCUUGGAAGAGACACGUCGUUGCCCUGUGUCGUCGAUAAUUUGGGAAACUACAAGGUCGCCUGGAUACACAUAGACCGACAGAUGAUCCUGACCAUACACAGGCACGUCAUCGCCAGAGUGUCUAGAUUCAGCGUGUCCCACGACAACCACAAAACCUGGAUGCUCAAUGUCAACCAGGCUCAGCAGGAAGACAGAGGCUACUACAUGUGCCAAGUAAACACGAACCCGAUGAUCAGUCAGGUUGGAUACCUUCAGGUUGUCGUGCCGCCAAAUAUUUUGGACAACGAGAGCACGCCAUCGUCCGUCGCAGUUAGGGAGAACCAAAAUGUCUCACUAGUUUGCAAAGCAGAUGGGCUGCCCCUACCAAAACUCUCAUGGAGGCGAGAGGACGGACAGCCAAUAACUCUCGACAGGAAAACGAGAGUGGGUAUACAAGAAGGCGAGCAGUUAAACUUAACCCGAAUCAGCAGAAACGAGAUGGGAGCAUAUUUGUGCAUAGCGUCGAACAGCAUUCCACCCUCUGUCAGCAAAAGAAUAAUAUUAGAUGUUGAAUUUUCACCUAUGAUCUGGGUGCCGAAUCAACUCGUAGGCGCACCGGCUGGGACGGACGUGACACUGGAAUGCAACACUGAAGCAUAUCCGAAAGCGAUCAGCUACUGGGUCUAUGAGGGCAUAAUGCUGCUGCCUACAAAAAAGUACAUAUCAAACAUACAAGAAAGCUCCUACAGGACAUUCAUGAAACUGACAGUGCGCAACUUAACGGCGAGGGACUUCGGCAGCUACAGGUGCAUCUCUAAAAACUCGCUCGGAGAGACCGAGGGGUCUAUUCGACUUUAUGAGAUUCCUUUGCCUUCUCAGCAGCCGAGGACAACAGAAAUGGGUAGCAGAGCAGGGAAAGACGUGUUGAAGAUGAGGCCGGUCAUCCGUGGGAGCACGGUUGCCCCGGACAAAACCGCUCCUUCCUCUACCGCAUCGAUCAGUACCUACGCCGUUACAUUCUCAUCAGGAAGAAAAGUCGAGGCUGGCUGGAUUAAACCUUAUUUACUUCUUGCUACGUUCAUUAUUAUUCAUAGUGGACCACCUUGUAUUUAGAAUAAUCUCUUACUGUUUCAGUUCGUUAUUUAUUUUCGUUAUACAAAUCAAAUUCAAAUGAAAAUUCUAAAAAUAAAUAUAAUCAUUUAAACAUAAUCAAAUCAUAGAUUAUUGUUGUAAAUGUUGUA